AUGGAGGACCAGCCAGAGGCCGUGGUCCAGGAGGACGCAUGGAUGUCCGCCCAGGCCCUGGACCGGCUGCUGAAGAUGCCGCUCCCACUACCACGGGUUCGCACGCGGCCCUGGUGGUUUCCUGAGCAGGAUCUGAGAGACCCGUCGGUGUUUUACCUGGAGGCUUGUCUGGCCGACCCCAUCUUUGGCAAAAACGGAGCCAUGAUUCCGGAAAUAGAGUGGAUGAACCAGGUCCUGCUGAUGGUGGAUACGAUGAGCUCCGGGAGCUUAAUGGAAAUCACCGUUUUCGGGCAGCCCCGGGCGCAGAACAGGGUGAAAAGCGUGCUCCUGAACCUGGCAGGAAGGUACCGGGAAAACCGCACCCGAGAUGAGAAGAUGAAACAACUCGAGAAGUUCUUGAAGGCAUAUGGGUCACCCCCUCCGACUCCCAAGUCUCCCCCUCUGACUCCCCAGGCUGCCCAGUCUCCUGAUGCCUGA